AAAAAAAAAAAAAAUGAGUUAUCACCCCUCUGUAAUGUGGAAAGCCGAACCUUCUCUCUCCCGCGUAGGGAAAAAAAGGCGGCGCGACACGCCACUGCCCACAAGCAGCCCUACUCUUCCGAAUUAGAUAACUAGAUUUCAUGUUCUUUUGGUGGCAAGUUGCACGAAGUUGACGAUGGAGGUAAAUGCAACUUAAAAAAUUAUGAACAAUCUGAUCUAAUUAAAAGGGGAAAAUGAUAUUCGUCCAAAAGAGCAGGUACAAAUAUCGAAAAGGAGCCAAGCGAACAAUGAAGAUACAAGUACAAACAUAGCCCCACAAUUACUGGGUUGCAAUUGACAAUGGAAAAACUGGGCGAUGAUUUAUUAGUUCUAAUAAUCAAUAGGAUUCAUGAUCCUGCCUAUAGAAAAUCCCUUUCUCAAGUUUGUAAGCAAUGGUUCAGAGUUGAAGGCUUAACUCGAUCAUCCGUACGUAUUUUUGAACCCAAUCUUCUCCUUAAUUUCCUUCCAAGAUUCUCUAAUUUGCGCAAAUUUGAAUCAUCUGAACAUAUCACAAAUACCCAUCUUGAAAUCUUGGCUGAAAAUUGCCCAAGAAUCCAAGUUCUUAACCUUAGUUUCAAGAAAAAGAGCAGGUUUUGUGAUGAAAUGGAUGAAAAUUUAAUCUUGGAUGAUUUUAAUGAGAAUGGUUUGUGUUUUAUUGCAAAAGGUUGUUCUUGUAUUAAUACAGUAAAUUUGAGGAAGAGAAGUGGAGUUGGGGAUGCUGGGGUUGUUUCUCUUGUUAGCUUUUUGCCAAAGUUGAUAGCUUUAGACUUAGGUUUUUGUGAUAAGGUUAGUGAUGAGUCGCUUAGAGUUAUUGGAAGUGGUUGCUGCUCUUUGAAGAGCUUGAAUUUACAGGGUUGUUGGUUGGUAUCAGAUGAGGGUUUGAAAUCAUUGGCAGAAGGACCUCUUAGAAUUAGUUUGAAGAAACUAAUUCUUGCUGAAUGUGAUAGGAUUUCAGAUACUGGGGUAUUGAGUUUGAUGCAAAUGUGUUGCUUAGAGGAAUUUGAUUUGGCAGAAUGUGGACCGAAUGUGACUGAUAUUGCUGGUGAGGCAAUUGCUUCGAGUGAGAGUCUUAAGAGGUUGAACUUGUCGUGGCUUGUUAAUGUAUCUGAUGCUACUGUUGUUGCUCUAGCUGAAGGUUGCAAGAAUCUUGAUGCUCUUAAUUUUACUGGCUGUGAAUUUGUCACUGGUGAAGGUGUUCGUGCUUUGACAAAGCAUAGGUCAUUGAAAGAGCUCGUUUUGACUAGUUGCGAGAAGCUUAGUGGAUAUGAUCUGGAAGAGUUGGUGCUAGGAUGCCAAACAUUAGAAUACAUUGUGGUUGAUAGAAGAUUAAGGAUGUGGGUUCCUAUGGAAGUGCAGGAUAAUAUAAUGAGAGAAAACUGUUGGAUAGAUUGGAUAUAACAGAUGAAAGGGGAGUUAAAUAUCUCGUUUGAUAUGCAUUGAUCUGUUUUCAGGGUCCCCUCAUUUCGUGAUACCUCUCAGCAGUUAUUACUUCAGGUGCAAUUUCUGCCCAAUUCCCAUUAUUUAUUGCUGAAAUGUUCCUUGUAGCCAAACAAAUGUGCAAGGUACUUUUUAAUGAAUUUGGAUACCGUGCUAUUGGCAUGUGCUGCUUAAUAUAUAUUAUGCAUAGACAUUUCAAUUUGGAGAACGCAUAUAGCAGAUUUUGGAGAUAUGGUAAUUCAAGAAUCUCUUCCUUAAGAGGAAGUAAGCAAACAAGGAAGGCCUUUGUUGAAAGUAAGACCACUUCCAAUCUUUGUGGCCUGAUAUAGUUUCUCUUAGCUAACCUAUUGUGCACACCAGUUGAAAUUCUUUCGUAGAAAAAGGAAACAAAAAUCACCGCUCUGCAGCAUCAUGAACCAUGCUUCAGUAUAGGUUUCUUGUUAAUCACAGGUUAUGCAUGACGAUGUCAGAAUGCACAAUUUCAUCCUCCAUAUUCUGUAAUGGUUGGAAAGCUGGUGAAGCUCAUCUUGUGAAACAUCAAGGGGGAAUGACAUCAUGUACACCUUUGGAAAAUUUCCCAUUUUACUGAACUAUUUAGGGCUGUAAAUCAUCUGACUUUCCAAACGCCACAACAAAAGUAUAUCUUGAAACCUCUUUCCUGAAAAGAUUGUACUUGCAACAAUGCUGCUCUUCUGGCAAUUUUUCCAUGUUUCAUAAGCUUCUUUGUGGUCUGGGUAACUGUUCAUGAGUUCUCCUUUUUCUUUUUCUCUUAUCCUUGUUAGUCAGCUCUCGGAUAUUGUGGUCGCUGGGUUCAUUUUAGACCUAACUGUCCUCUCGUAUUUAAGAGAACAACUCCAAAGAGGUUUGGUUGAGCGUCAGUCUUUUAAGUAAGGAGUUUAUCAAACAACCCGCCACAAGCUAUUUCUCCAUUUACUGCAUAGCGUCUCUUCACCACUUUGGAGGGAUGUAUUAGGGCAUACUGGCCAGGCAACUUUGUAUGAAUUAGUUGGCCUCUUGAGAAGUUGACUCCAAAAUGAGCCUGCAGUUGGUCCAGUCUGAAAAGAGAAGCAGUUUACUUUGCCCUUAACCUUUCAAGUUUAAAAUAAGGAAGCAUGUGCUGUGUGCCUCUUAUGGGAAUGAUGACAUGCAAAGUUUCUUUUAGGUGUAACAGGUCAAAGAAAUUAUGGGAAAUUGAUAUGCACCGGAAACGAAACACAUUAAAAGUAUCUUCUGGUGGUAAGAAUUGGGAACUGUAUGGUUAUACAAAGACAGGGUCCAAUAGAGGAGGCGGCCAUACUGAAACAAUGUGAGCAAAGCCCAAUCAAUAAGUAAGUGCAAACCUUGGAGACUAGGGUUCAAACAACAAAGACAAAAACCAGUCGGUGAUUUCUUUCCAUCUGCCUAAACUGUGGUUGGCAGUUACUUGUUACCUGUGCUGGUGGGAUGUAGCAGGUAUCCAUGGAUCGUCGAGGCCCGCGCAAGUUGGCUACCAUCAUUACAUAAAAGAAGGAUCACUCUGAGAAGACAUUUACUUCUGUUCACGUGCUCAUAUCGGAUAGGCCAUUUCAAAAUAAGAUGAGACAUUGAUGUUUCUAAAGACAUGAAAUAUCGUUAUGUUAUGUGUAACUUGUACAGAAUGUAUUUGCCAUUGUUUCUCGAUUUUUCCUGAUAUUUGUUGCCUACUGAUUCAAGUUUCAAGUGUUGAAGAAUGAAUGAGAAAUGGAGUAGCAGCAGUAUUUGCUAAAUCUGGGUUUUGCACAAGUACAUUGUUUCUGUACGCGAGAAAAUGGCAAGUAUUGGGCACUGAAAAAUAGUCGGACUUGGAGAAAUAUUGCCAUGUCAAGUGUGUAAGGAUGGUUUCCAGAACACGAUCUAUGAAUUACGAUGGCAUUUGUAGAAUGCAACAUGUUAAACUUGUCACCAGGUUAAUAGCAUUUUCCAAUGAAUUCUGCAUCAUAUAUGGCUCGGGUUACCAGAGUGGAAGUAUGGACAUGUUUCACCAACAAGAUGCAGAGCCAAGUUAACACAAGUUGCUUUCUACUAUCACUUAUAGUCUUUUAGACUACACUGCUAACUAUCUAAUUCACUUAAAUAUGUUUUUUUUUACAAUUCUUUUGACCAUCUAA